AUGAUAUUUGAGCCUGAACGACGAGUCCCUUUACCGGAACAAGAUCUACUCUCCUAUAUCUUUAACGACCCAAAAACCUACGAUCCGAAUGAACCGAUCUACGUCGAUACUAAGGACCAAACGCAGACAGUGUCCUUCAACCAAGCCCGAACCAUCAUCCGGCGUCUGAUCACCGGCCUGCGAGCGGCGGGGGUGCAAGUGAAUGACUGUGUCGCUGUACAUGCCUUCAACAACCUCCAUUAUAGCCUCUUCGUCCUGGCAAUCAUCGGAACUGGUGGUGUCUUCACAGGCACCAAUCCCUCCUACCGGUCCUGGGAGCUCGAGCACCAUUUAAAGACAUCGCAGGCCAAGUUUAUCAUCACCGAGCCUGACCUGGCGUCCUCAGUGAUGACUUCAGCUCAGCAGGUCGGUAUAUGCCAUGACCACAUCUGGGUCUAUGAUCCCAACGGGAGUGCCAUGCUCUCCACCGGCCUGCAAUCCUGGACAACGCUCUUAGACCAUGUCGAGUCGGACUGGCUGCGACCUAUCGCCCCGAAGAAGACUACGGCCGCUCGCUUCUUCAGCAGCGGAACUACCGGCCUUCCCAAGGCCGUGGAAAUCACCCACCACAAUCUGCUUGCUCAGCAUUGCCUUGUGUUUGAGGCACAUCCAAGACCGUAUCGAAUGACAUUCCUCAUCGCUCUUCCCGUCUUCCAUGCCGCCAUAGCCCCCCUCGUACACAUCAGCGCCCUCCGCUCCGGCUAUAUAAUGUACAUCAUGCGUCGCUUUGACCUGACCCGAUAUCUUGACCUAAUCAAUCAAUACCCCAUCACAGAUCUCAUCAUCGUUCCACCCAUCCUCCACGCGCUAGAAACAUCCACCCAUCCCCACCGAGACACUGCACUCCGCAAACUGAAAAACAUAGUCUGCGGCGCCGCCCCUCUGUCUCGAAACAUGCAGGCUAAAGCAACCCGGCUCCUCGCACCCGGCGUGCCUCUGACGCAGGGUUGGGGCAUGACCGAGUCAUGCUGUGCAUCGAUGAUGUUCCCCUACCCGGAAUGUGACGAGACGGGGUCUGUGGGGAGACUUGUUCCAAACAUAGAGGCGAAACUUCUCGAUGAUAAUGGAAGACACAUAUCCGCCUCCAACACACCAGGGGAACUCUACAUUCGUGGGCCCACAAUUACAUCGGGGUACUUCGACAACCCCAUCGCGAACAACUCGUCCCUUGACACAGAUGGGUGGCUCCGAACAGGUGAUAUAGCCAUGUGCGACGCGGACACGCGGAAAUGGUACAUUAUCGAUCGCAAGAAGGAUUUGAUCAAGGUUCGCGGUUUUCAGGUUUCCCCAUCAGAGAUCGAGGCUGUGCUGUUGACGCAUCCGCGCGUGGGUGAUGUCGCUGUUAUGGGUUUUGUUAGUGGUGAUGGCGAUGAUGGUUGUUUGGAGCAACCACGCGCCUAUGUGGUUUUGACGGCUGGGACUGAGUGUGUAUCUGAUAUUAUAUUGGAGCAGUAUGUGGCGGACAGGUUAGCAAGGUAUAAGCAGUUGACUGGUGGGGUGAGGUUUGUUAAGGUCAUACCGAGAAAUGCGAGUGGGAAGAUUCUUCGUCGGGGUUUGCUAGAUGGGGACGGGAUUGAGAGCGAUGGGGGAAAGGGGAGUACAGUGAGGAUUGGGGCCAAGUUGUGA